AUGGUGCGUACACUAAAGAAUCGACGAACCAACAGAUAUCAAUAUGAUAAGAACAGAAAGAACCUCAAGAAGAAGCUCAACAGCACAGGAAAAAUCAAAUGUGCUGAGAUUAAGCGAGAUAUCGACAAUCGGAAGUCUGUGACUAAGAAUAUUAAUGAAAUGGGACUGGUCUUCAACGUUAAUAAGUCAUUUGCAACACCAAACUACAAAAAGAAUAAAACAGCAAUUAAUAAAUUAGUAAAUGGAUUUGUUGAAGAAGAUAAUCAAGAGGAAGAAAUUGAACGUCCAAAAAAGCAUGUAGUAAAGAAACUAGAGACAAGUGCAAAAGAACUAAGAGAGAGCAAGUUCCAAAUAUCAAAGAAUCAAGUAAGAAUUCUCAGUUAUUACAUCGAUAAGUAUGGAUUGAACUACAAAUUAAUGGUAAAAGAUCAUAAGAACUACGAUCAGCAUACAUGGAGACAGUUUAGACAGAAGAUUCGUAAAUUCAUGUCUAUUCCUGAACAAUUUGCCAAAUUUUUGAAUGAAAGGAACUUAUUGGACACAGAUAUAACUGAAGAUGAUCCGAAAUGGCAAGAAUCAAACACGGAUCUUGAUGAUGAUUAA